AUGGCUACAACUGAUUGUCGACCAUCAAAUAUCUAUCGAAUACCGGUUCAUCAAAAACGAAUUACUGGUCUUGAAAAUUAUAUAUCUAUUCCAUAUACUCGUCCUCCUUCACCUAUUACAAAUGUAUAUGUAUCUCGACGACGUCAUUCAACACCUCCAGCAGCAACUCUACGUUUUGUUGAAGUUAAAUCACCAGCAUCAAAUACAGUUAUCAAACAUUAUUAUCCAAUUGCAAGACCAACACGUAUUAUUAGAGAUCAAAGUUCAACAUCUGAUUUAGUUAGAUCUACUCCUUGUUCAGCUUCAUUAAUAAAACGACGUUUUCAAGAUGAACGUACGGGUCAUACAGUAACAACUCCGACAAGUGUUAGUUCAAUAACGGAUAUUAUUUUACCAGCAGCUAAAAAAAAUCGUAAUGCAAUUGUUGAUACUCCACAUAAUAUCGUAUCCGAUAUUCAAUCUCUUAAUCAUGAUUCGUCAACAAAAAAACAAUUGAGAAAACGAGAACCAACAAUAUCACUUAAUGUUGGACGUGAUAUUUUUAUUUCGGAUGAAGAUUCAUCACAAGAUUCUGUUUAUAAACCACAAUCAAAUAAAUGUUUUAAAUGGUAUCAUCGAAAAUGUCCUUGCCGAUUUUCAUGUUGUAAUAUUUGUUAA